CGAAAGGUUUCCCAGGAAAUCCGUGUCGAUAAAUGGGUGGAAUAUCUCACGUGGCUCUCCCUCAUUCGCACGCGUGCGAGUUCCGUUUGCAUACCUACGCCACUCUCCCUGUGUGAACAGCAGUGAGAGAGGGGCUGUCUCUGCUUCUAUCUUCUCUUACUCUCGAGUGAGAAUUGAAGACGAGAGGAUCAGAGAUAAUGGCGUGCAGCACAUCAACCCUUCAACCCCGCCUCAUCUCUUCCUUCGUUGGGGAUCGUCUCAUUCAUUCAACGGCACGAAAUCCGUUCUUCGGAACUCGACGUGUAUCAAUGCAGUUAUCAAGGACCUUAUCUGGAUUAACAGAUUUCUUAUUCAAUAAAAGAAAUGAUGAUGAUUUGCAAAAUAGCGAGCGUAAACAUCUAAAAUCUGGAAAGGUGUCCCCUCGUUUACCUGUUCCUGAUCACAUACAGAAGCCACCGUAUGUUAAUUCACGACAGUUUCCUGGAAUUGCGAGUGGACAUGAGGUUCAUGAUCAAAAGGGAAUUGAAUGCAUGAGAGCGUCGGGGAGACUUGCAGCACAGGUUUUGGAACAUGCUGGGACUUUGGUCAAGCCAGGUAUAAAGACGGAUGAAAUUGACAAAGCAGUUCAUCAGAUGAUUAUUGAUAAUGGAGCAUAUCCUUCACCUCUUGGCUAUGGCGGCUUUCCAAAGAGUGUCUGUACAUCAGUGAAUGAGUGUAUUUGUCAUGGCAUACCAGAUUCCCGUGCACUUGAGGAUGGGGACAUAGUCAAUAUUGAUGUUACUGUUUAUCUGAAUGGUUAUCAUGGUGACACAUCAGCAACUUUCUUAUGUGGCAAUGUUGAUGAAGAAGCUAAAGCUUUGGUUGAGGUAACCAGAGAAUGUCUAUACAAAGCAAUAUCAAUAUGUGCGCCAGGAGUGGAGUACAAAAGAAUUGGAAAAACAAUACAUGAUCAUGCAGAUAAGUUCCGGUACGGCGUUGUUCGCCAAUUUGUCGGCCAUGGAGUGGGACGUGUUUUUCAUGCUGAUCCAGUUAUUCUUCAUUAUAGAAACAAUGAUAGCGGACGCAUGUUACUGGGUCAGACCUUUACAAUUGAGCCAAUGCUGACAAUGGGAAGCAUCCUUCCCAUCAUCUGGUCUGAUAAUUGGACGGCUGUUACUGAGGACGGGAGCUUGUCUGCCCAGUUCGAGCAUACAAUUCUAAUUACUGAAAAUGGGGCUGAAAUAUUGACCCAGUGCUAAGACCAUGCAAUUGCUGAAGAUGGCCAUCGACCAACUAUCCCUGUUCAAUUCACAUUCCUUUUUGCCAAUUCUUUUGAUAAAAGGCACCAUUGUAAUGUAAAAUUCUAAUUCCUUCUCUUUCAAUGCAAUUACUUGUAUUGGCAUGGUUUAUUAGUGGUGUUGACAUGUUCAAAUAUAAUUGAUUUGUUAGAUGACAGUCGACAUGCAUAAGUUGUAACUGAA